AUGACACUGGUCGGCGUCGUCACGGCCUUGCCACAGACCGAGACUCCGCCACCUACAGACGUCCUUAAACCAUGCAGUGAUAAGGGCAUAAGUAACUGCUGCAAGGUAUCUGACAGCAAGUUUGAGGAUUGCACCCCGCUCCCGGCCGAGGCAGGAAACACCACAGAAUUUUGGGCAGGGUGCGCGCCCAGCCUCAAAAUCCCCUCGUGUUGUGCGCAAAAAGUGCCGGCGAACAUGCUCCAGGGCUUGUUCAACGCAGUCCUGGGUGCCAAACCUGGAGAUGCAGAGUGUACUCUUGCUCCAGAAACCUAG